AUGUGGCAAUGCCUAGCGCUUGCCGAGCUCGGGCCAUGGACGAGUGUUGGAUCCGUAUUGCCCAACUGCUCGACCAUCAAUCUUUCAGGCAAUUGCGACCUGUGGGCGCCCGACAUCAACUUCGUCGACGGGCAGUACGUUCUGUACUACUCGGUCUCGACGGUUGGAAGUCAGGACUCCGCCAUCGGUGUUGCGACGAGCCCGUAUAUGGAACCGGGAACGUGGACCGACCUUGGCGCAGUCGUCACCUCCGCCGACGGCGAUAACUAUAACGCCAUUGACCCCAAUCUGUUUGUCGAGAACGGCCAGCUGAAGCUCGGAUUCGGCUCCUAUUGGGACGGCGUCUUCCAAAUGCCGCUCAACAGUAUCACCAGCAGCGCCGAAGGUCUUCCCGGCACUCACCUCGCCGGCUAUAACGGCCGUCGCGCCGAGGGAAGUUUCACGUACAAGCCUGCGAGCUCCCCAUAUUAUUUCGAGUUCUUCUCAGACGGCAUCACUCCCUUCAUUGGCGACACGGACCACCCGCCGGCGGGCCAGGAGUACAAGGUGCUCGUCGGACGGGGCAGCAGUCCCUCGGGCCCAUUCGUCGACCAGUCGGGCAACGACAUCACGCUCGACCUGGACCCGCCGUCGGGCACGCUCGUGCUCGGCUCGCACGACAACGUCUACGCGCCGGGUGGCCAAAGCCUGUUCUUCGACCCCGUCAGUGGACGGGACGUCAUUGCGUAUCACUACGUGCCCAACGACGCUUUUGGCGGGCCGUCGUACCUCGGCAUCAACUAUGUCGACUUCUCAUCUGGGUGGCCGGUCAUUGUGGACUGAGUUAUUGAUACGUGCUAAGAGGGCCGUUGCACUGUAAGCUAGGAAAAGUCAUUCGAUACACAGUAUAACAGCAAUGUAUCAUCACCGCAACAUCG